CGGCAACCUUGCGGGCCCCGAGAUGAAGCUGCGGGGGAGGAGAGCUGCGCUCCUGCAGCCGGGGCUGUUGGUGCUGCUGGUUCUCGGAGAUGCCGAGUCCAAUUUCGGGCCUCGGCGCCAGCCCGAGACCCAACACCGCUACACCCCGGACUGGCCGAGCCUGGACUCCCGGCCGCUGCCGCGCUGGUUCGACGAGGCCAAGUUCGGGGUGUUCGUGCACUGGGGCGUGUUCUCGGUGCCGGCCUGGGGCAGCGAGUGGUUCUGGUGGCACUGGAAGGGCGAGGGGCUGCCCCAGUUCCAGCGUUUUAUGAAGGAAAACUACCCGCCCGGCUUCAGCUACGCCGACUUCGGGCCGCAGUUCACGGCGGGCUUCUUCCAGCCGGAAGACUGGGCUGAGCUCUUCGAGGCCGCGGGGGCCAAGUAUGUGGUUCUGACCACAAAGCAUCACGAAGGCUUCACAAACUGGCCGAGUCCCGUGUCUUGGAACUGGAACUCUCAGGACCUGGGGCCCCAUCGAGAUUUGGUCGGGGAGCUGGGAACUGCUCUCAGGAAGAGGAACAUACGCUAUGGACUCUAUCACUCACUCCUAGAAUGGUUCCAUCCACUCUACCUGCUUGAUAAGAAAAAUGGCUUCAAAACACAGCAUUUUGUCACGGCAAAAACAAUGCCAGAGCUAUACGACCUAGUUAACAGGUACAAACCAGACCUGAUUUGGUCUGAUGGAGAGUGGGACUGUCCUUAUACUUACUGGAACUCUACCAAUUUUCUUUCUUGGCUCUACAAUGAUAGCCCCGUCAAGGAUGACGUGAUAGUAAAUGAUCGAUGGGGUCAGAACUGCUCUUGUCACCAUGGAGGAUACUACAACUGUCAAGAUAAAUUCAAGCCAGAAAGCUUGCCUCAUCACAAGUGGGAGAUGUGCACGUCCAUUGACAAGAUGUCCUGGGGCUACCGUCGGGACAUGGUCAUGUCUGAAAUCACUAGUGAAUCAGAAAUUAUAUCGGAACUGGUUCAGACAGUGAGUUUGGGAGGCAACUAUCUUCUCAACGUUGGACCAACUAAAGAUGGAGUGAUUGUUCCCAUCUUUCAAGAGAGGCUCCUUGCUGUUGGGAAGUGGCUGAGCAUCAACGGAGAGGCUAUUUAUGCCUCCAAACCAUGGAGGGUGCAGUUAGAUAAGAACGCAACCGUGUGGUAUACCUCAAAAGGAACAGCUGUUUAUGCCAUUUUUCUGUCCUGGCCAGAUAAUGGAGUCUUAUGCCUUCAGGCCCCCAUAACUACCUUGUCUACAAAGAUAACAAUCCUGGGAAUUGAAGGAUCUCUGAAGUGGUCCAGAGAUCCAGUUCAAGGCCUCCUCAUUUAUCUGCCCCAUUUACCACUCUCUGCUCUCCCAGUUGAGUUUGCUUGGACUGUCAAGAUGACAAAAGUGUGGUGAUCAUUUGAGUUCAAGAGGAAAAGGGAACACUGCCUGCUAUUUGCUGCUUUGAUUUUCCUCUUAUAGUACCAUCAUUGUAAUAAACUUCUCUUCCCCACCCAGAUAAAACACAUUUUAAUCAAAGGAACUGAAGGCAUUGCACUUGUUGCCUCCAAUGGACCAAAGAUCUGAAAUCGAUUGCUAGCAUACCUCUCUCUGGUCAGCAGAAGGAGGGACUGAACAGUUAAGCUCUGAGUUCAUCCAUCCCUGACUUUGGAAAUUAUCUACAAUGGAAACUUGCCUCCACCCUUGAUGUUUGGUAACCUACUUGCUUACUCAUUGACUUUAGCCAUACUGUUACCCAUGAGAAGAGGUAGACCAGGUUUGCAAUCUCAACCACUUGCUAUUUAUUUAGCAUCAGUUGUCUCUCCCACCACCACACCCAAAGAACAGAGAGCCUGGAGGGAAAGGAAGGGGGCUUACUGAGCUAUUAAUAAGUCAAUUCUUCAGAAGUUCCAAAACAAACUAAGAGCUCUUAAAUUCAGUCUGUUUAUAGCAAUAGUAUUAAGAAAAUGAAGGUGAUUCUGCCCUGUGCCUUUUUAAAUAUGAUCUAAUAAAUAAACUUAUGUCAAGUCA